GGUACAAACCGCACCGGUACUUCGGGUCGGACGGCACCCCGACGUCGCUGGACCUUCUUGCUCACCAAGAAGCUCCGAAUCGGUCUCAUAAGCACAUCUCCGUCGCUACUACCCCGGCCUCUCUCCUCCGCUUGUCCUCGACGCCGACGCCUCCGGCCCGACCUCCUCCGCGACCUCGCCGCUGCUCCGGCCAUGUCGAUCUUCGAGUACAACGGGUCCGCCGUGGUGGCGAUGGUGGGGAAAAACUGCUUCGCGAUCGCCAGCGACCGGCGGCUGGGCGUGCAGCUUCAGACCAUCGCGACCGACUUCCAGAGGGUGUUCAAGAUCCACGACAAGCUCUACAUCGGCCUCUCAGGGCUCGGCACUGACGCCCAGACAUUGUACCAGCGGCUGGUGUUUAGGCACAAGCUGUACCAGCUGCGGGAGGAGAGAGACAUGAAGCCCCAGACCUUCGCCAGCCUUGUCUCCGCGCUCCUCUACGAGAAGAGAUUCGGGCCAUACUUCUGCCAGCCAGUCAUUGCUGGACUUGGAGAUGAUAACGAGCCGUUUAUUUGUACCAUGGACUGCAUUGGUGCAAAGGAACUGGCCAAGGAUUUUGUUGUUUCUGGGACAGCAUCAGAAUCUUUAUAUGGUGCUUGUGAAUCCAUGUACAAGCCAAACAUGGAACCUGAAGAACUCUUCGAGACUAUAUCCCAGGCUCUGUUGUCAUCAGUAGACCGUGACUGCCUUAGUGGGUGGGGAGGCUACGUUCUACUUGUGACACCGACUGAAGUGAAAGAGCAUGUGCUUAAGGGCAGGAUGGACUAAAUUAUGGGCAUAGAAUUCCUAGCUGCUUUCCGAAGCUUUGAUGCCCUGUUUCCGCUCUGGUAGCAGUACAUCCUUCUUGUGUUUGGAUUCGGAAGUAACCUUGUAUCAUCACAGUUGAUGUUACAUCUUCUAUUAGAUGGAACAUUUGUUUUCGUUACCA